GAUCACUGCCCUUCGCUCUUGCGGCGCCCUCCAAUGCCUCAUGAAACUGCCAGUCUGUAUCAAUCAUCUCAACCACCUUCGUAACAUCAGCAAACUGAGGUUCCGACCUCGCACCUUCACGUUUUCUCGCCCCAACAUGGCGGUGAACGCUGAACACCACCAUGCAACCAUCCGUGCCGAAGCGCAGAGUCAGCGAAUACCUCCAAUAUCCUCAAAAUCCGAACAACCAUUAACGAAUGGUGAUCUGAAUAAUACAGCGUCUAUGCGCAUUACAUUAAAACCUGAACGUCGACCUGAUUUUGCCUACCGAUCGCUUUCGAUUUCGGCAUCGAUGGAUGAGCCUACGAUCCGCUCGAAAUAUCGACCUUUCCUACUCCCACACACUGUCCAGCAGCAAGAUUGGGUCAGGAGACUGGAGCUUGCCACUGUGACUGAAUUGGUGUACAACGACUUGAGAAUAACAGGAGAGAGGAUCAAAGUUUUAAUAUUAUACGGGAGUCUUCGUCAGAGGUCCUACUCAAAACUUCUCGCCUUCGAAGUUGCUCGUAUACUUUGGCGGCUCGGCUGUGACGUGCGUAUCUACAACCCGCAAGGUUUACCUGUCAAAGAUGAUGAUCAGCACAACCAUCCAAAGGUGCAAGAACUUCGAGACCUUAGUCGCUGGAGCGAUGGACACUUCUGGGUAUCACCGGAGCAACAUGGUAAUCUUACCGCCGUCUUUAAGAACCAAAUUGACUGGAUCCCAUUAAGCACUGGAUCGGUGCGACCAACACAGGGACGCACCUUAGGAUUGGCAAUGGUCUCCGGAGGAUCCCAAUCUUUCAAUACGAUCAACAGUCUGCGUGUCCUAGGGAGAUGGAUGCGAAUGUUCACCAUCCCUAAUCAGUCAUCAGUUCCGCAAGCCUACACGUUAUUUACAGAUUCGGAUGCGGACGAAGGCGGGUCGAGGUUAAUGCCAGGAAGCAAUCGAGAUCGACUGGUUGAUUGCGCAGAGGAAUUUGUGAAGUAUACCGUCAUCAUGCGGCCGCACUUCGCCUUGUUCAGUGACAGAUUUAGUGAACGAGAGCCGCUGACCAUGAACUAGAAUAGAGCAGGGUUCCUCUGCUGCGAAGAACUGCUAGCAUCUAAGGGAUUCUAGUAUAGAUGCCUCCAUAGAAAGUAAUUAGUGCUGAAGCCUGCGGAUGUAGCCACAUGCGUUCAGGCCUGGC